UCCCCUCGUCUCCCCAGGAAAGCUCCAUCCUUUUCCCCUCGCCCAUCUUCUUCCCCUUUGCCUCCCCAAGUCGCCGGCAAUUCUCCAUGCCGCUCAGACGACUCCUCGCCGGCGAAAAUUCCAUAUUUCGUCGUCCUGGCCAUUCCACGAUUUGUCUUCCCGAUGGCCGAUACAUCGAUGUCUACACUGACGACGAUGGGACUCUCGUCACCGGCGGAUCGGAGGGCCGGCCGCCACGGCCUGUCCAAGAAAUCUUCGCCGACAUCCGGCGCCGUCAGGCGGCGGCUGAGGACGCCGCCCGUCGCCUCCACUACCCGCAGCGGCGUCCACAGCCCCGUCCACCAUCAGAUUCGGCCUCCACGAGCCAACCACCUCCAACCCCCUCCCCUCCCCUCCACUCCACUCCACCAUCAGAUGCAGCCCACCCCCCUGCAACCCCUUCCCCUCCCCUCCACCGUCAGCUGCAGCCUCCACAAACCGAACCCAUCCCCUAUGCUCCAGGCAAGCCUCGCCCCUUUACACUCACCGAGCUGGAUGCGAUACGUCGACGCGUAGCAGAUGCAUCUAAGGAAUUCGCCCACUCCGACUACGCUGACGGGGAUGGGGAACUCUUCACGGACGUCGACAAGAUAUCUCAACGCGUAGCAGAUGUACGCAUGGAAGUCGCCUGCUCCGACAUCCAGACGAGGCCCUACGAUCGGCCGCAACCUCCACAGUGCGAGUACCCUUCUUAUGAUGUGCCUGAGCAGUUGGAAACGCCACUGCUAGAGCCAAAGAACACCAACACUUCAUCUUCCUCCACACAGCCAGAGGCGCUAACUCAUGACAUCUUGCCAGUGUCGAGGCAAUUGUCUCCGCCUAUUUUCGCUCGCAAUCCUUCUGGUUGGCAUAUACAGUUUUUCAUCAGAAUAGAUGUCGAGGGUUCUUUCCACACGUAUCCUAGUCUGGGCGGACCAUUCCAGAGCUUGCAGGAAGCUGAGAAUGCUAUCACUAGCCAUCUUGAUGAGCUGCGCUCUCCAAUGAUGUGCACAGAUGGGCUUUCGGAUGCUGAGAUUGGUAUAUUACACGACCUUUACUGGCCUGAUGGCACAAGGCAGAAUUCUUCUGAAGGCGAUGCGGACCAUAGGAAUAUAAGCUUAUUGGUUCAAGCGUUACUGGACAAAUACAAUGAAGAUCACCAUCUUCUGGGGGAUUUUGCACAUGAACUUGAUGAUGUUGUUAUCUUCCGAGAAUUUGUUGAGGGGGAGAAAGUGGUUAGGUUCUAUCAUAUCAAUCUGGCUACAAAAACCAAAGGAGAAGAUGGUUUGCACAGUGGCGUCAACAAUCUAUUUUUUGCUGAAGUCAGACAAAUUAAAGGAGAAAAUGUAUAUGUACUCAGUUGUUUAUGUAUGGUUAAACCUACUGACAGUGGCCAAUGCUAUGGUUGCUUGAGUUAUGGAAAUAUUGAUUUGAAGCACCCUGUUGAUACUGAUAAAUACAAAGGUGGCCACACUGCCCCGCGCUCACCCUGUUGCGGUUUUGAUCUACGGUGUGAUGUACCUGCAUACAUUGAGGAUGAGGAUGAGGAGGCUAGGCUGGCGAAGGAGGAGGCUAGGUUAAGAUAUAUAUACAAGUGCCCUGCUCCGGCAAAAUUGGAUGGUGCAAGAGUGCGUGCUGGUUUGGCAAAGAGAGAGGAUGCUGGUUUGACCAAGGGAGAGUGUGGCCAGGGAAAAGCGAAAUACAUUGUGCCUGCUAGGCGUCGUCUGCUGGUUUGAGUAACCCAUCAGAACUCCUUGAUAUUGUUGCACUAUUUUCAGAAGUUGAACUAGCCGGUUGAUGUUGCAUGGCAUAACUAUUCUUUAGUUUCUAGUAUCUUGGAGACGGAUUAAAUCGCUGUGCACCAUAAUUUGGGAUGUUGUUGCUGCAAUAGUAGAAUGUAUGGACCUGCCAUUUGCUUUGGACUUGGUUGUAGCUGCUCGGAAGUUUGGUGCUUUGGGUCCGUAAUGGUGUAAUGUUUCAUAUUUUAGUUCCAUGGAAGGUCUGCAAUGGAGCUGCCUUUUGUUUUUUUAAA